AAAUCGUCAUCAAGAGAAGUUAGAGCGAAGAGAAAUUAGAAUUACCGGAAAGGAAAAUCGAACGCAAUGUCGAUGGAUCGUUCGUCCAAAAACUUUCACGAUAUUAAUCCUCAAAUCAAUUGCAAAUAUUAUCCCGGGUCUCAUGUUCUUACCGUUGCCGUCCAAGAUUUCACAAGCAACGAUCUGAAAGUUCAGGUGACACGCACCUUAAAGUUGAGGAUCACCGGCCAACGGAGGAUGAACUGUGGCAAGUGUAUCGCAUUCCGCAAGGAAAUCGAUAUUCCAGCGGACGUCGAUAUAGACAAGAUCUCUGCCAAGUUCGAGAGAGGCAUACUCUUAGUGAGGCAGCCCAUGAAAGCCUCCACUCAAGGGAGAAGAGGAGAAUGGUUGAAAGCCUCCACUCAAGGGAGAAGAGGAGAAUGGUUGAGGAGAAACAUGGUGAAUUUGGCUCUUGGGGGUGCUACUGCUUUUGCUUUUGUCAUUGUGUAUCUCAAUCUUACUAAGGAAUCAACAUCUAGUUUAUGAGUGAACAAUGGAAUCAAAUUCGUUGCCCCGGAUUCGGGCACGAGAAUAAAAUUGCUAUAUUUACGACC